AUGGCCGGCAUGGCCACGGAGCUCGGACGCGUGCCGCGGCCCGUCGGACAGGUCCGGUGCUGCGGCGUCGGGGUCCGCCCGGACGGCGCCGCCAGCCUGCACCGCGCCGUCCAGGUGUCGCGCGACCGCAGCAGCGACGUCGUGGCGGCCCUCGCAGAGGCCACGCCGGGCGGCCGCGACACCGCGGCCGGCGUGGUCUGGAUGGCGCCCGAGGCGGCCGACCACGUCGGCUUCCCGAUCUUCGCCCGCGUGUCCCUCCCGGACCUGACGUCGCUCGACCUGACGCGCGCCGGGAGUCUCGACCUGUCGGCGUGCGGGGCGCGGCUGCCCGCGCUCAACACGGUGCUCAUGCGCGAGGACGUCCAGAACGUGCGGCUCCCCGCAGAGCUCCCCGCGCUCAGCCAGGUGUCGUUCGGCAGGCGCGCGCCCAGCACGCUGUCGGCGCCGUUUGGGGGCAUGUAUGCGGAUCGCAAGCCGCUGGCCGAGGGGUUCCUGCCGCCGAGCUCCGCGCGGAACGUGCGGCGCCUGGAGCUCACGAACCGCCGGUUCGAGGCCGUGCCGGCCGGGUGCGCGGAGCUGACGCACCUGGUGAUUGCGCGGGCCGCGGGGCUGCGGCCGGGGGCCGCGUGGCUGCCGCCGUGCUCGUCGGGGAAGCUCACGCACAUCCUCGCGUCGGACACGAACCUCGAGCGCAUCCCGGAGGGCCUCACGCAGCUCAAGUACCUCAAGGUCGACUGGUGCCGAAACCUGAAGCCGGACUUCCUCCCGGAGUCCUCCGCGGGGAAGAUCGUCAUGCUCUCCGCCGCGCACACCCCGUUCGUCAAGCUGCCCCCCAACAUGCACGCUCUCACGGAGCUGUGCAUCAUCGAGACGCGCGCCGAGGUCCGCGCGACGCACUGGCUCCCGGCGACGUCCGCGACGCAGCUGCGCAUCCUCCGCGCCGACGCCUGCGGCCUCGAGCGCCUCCCCGAGGGCUGCGCCGCGCUCGAGGAGCUCUCGGUGUCGUGCAACCCCGUGCGCCAGAACUGGCUCCCGGCGAGCAGCGCGGGGAAGCUGCGCAUCCUGCGCGCGCGCGGGUGCCCGCAGCACCCGCUCCCGGCCGCGCCGCACCUCGUAACGCACGAGGAGGGGCCUAUCGGGCCGUUCCCGGGGGUGUUUUCCGGGGAGGGCCCCAUCCCGGCGGGGGGUGCUGGCGGCGCGAACCCGUUCGGCCUCCCCGCGGGGCUCGCGAACUUCAUCGCGAUGGCGAUCUUCGGCGAGCUGUUCGGAGGCCCGGGCGACGACGGCGACGGCGACGGCGCUGACGCUGACGCUGACGGCGACGGCGACGGCGACGGCCCUGGCGGGAACGGUCCCACGGCGGUGGAGGGUCCCCCGGGCACGCUGACGAUCGAGGUGCCUGGGAUGCCGUUUCUGGUGUCGAUCGGGGCGGCGCCGCCGGGGCUGGUCGGGAUGCCCCCGCCCGCGUUCAUGACGAUUGGAUACGGGUCGGAUUCGGAGUCGGAGUCGGAGUCGUCGCUGAUUGAGGAGCAUCAGUUUGACGUGAAUCAUCCUUUUGCGCACGAGGAGGAGUACUACUCUUCGGAGGAGGAGUACUACUAA